AUGGGAUCGAGCCAGUAUCCACCACAGUCGUCAGGCUACCCACAGCCACCACAGCAGCAGCCUCCGCAGCAGUCACAGCACCAGUACCCUAUGUAUCAGCAGAACCAGUCGCCGCAGCCACAUCACAACUACCCCGGACAGCCUCCGCAGGGUAGAAUGCCUGGCGGACCUCCGCACCCAGGUUACCAAACCUCCCAACAACCACAACAGCAGCAGCAGCAGCAGCCACCACCACAGCAGCAACAACAGCAAUCACCACAACAGCAACAGCCACAACAGUCACAGCAGCAGCAGCAACAGCAACAGCAGCAGCAGCAGCAGCAGCAGCAGCAGCCACAGGGGUACGGUUCGUACGGUAAUUACCACCAGGGCCAGCAGCACGGCCCACCCAUGUCUCAGCAGCAGCAGCAGCAGUACUACGCCGCCACGCAGGGCUACCCUGGUGCGCAGAUGGGCGGGCCGCAAGGCUACGGGGGGCAGCAAGGCCCCGGGUCGCAGCAGGGUCAGAUGGGCGGGCCGCCACACCCGCAGAAGAUGCCGCACCCCGGCGGCAUGGGUUCGCAAAUGGAUCCGCAGCAGGGCGGGCAGCAGCCGGGCAGCGGCGGCCAGCAUCCACACAUGAACCCGCAGCUGCCGCAUUCCCAGGGUCAGCCGAUGCAGCAGCAGCACAUGUCACAGCAGCAGCAGCACGACCACGGCGAUUCAUCGCAGCAGCAGCAGCAGCAGCAGCAGCCGGACGCGUCGUCCGCGGCGAUGGGCAAGGCGCCGCCGCCAGCAUCUUCGUUACCCUCGUCGGCGACGCAGAAUGGCGGCGGCGGCGGCGAGGAAAUCAUGGUAUUUUCUGGCCAAAAAAUAAAGCGCAAAGACAUUGUCGAAAGAGACAACGAUCAAGGAGAGCUACUAGAUGAGAACUAUCAACUCAUCCAAGGAAUCGUUGAAUACCAGAACAAAGGAAAGGUUCAGGACUGUAUUCAGUACCAACAACUGCUGCAUAGGAAUUUAAUUUAUCUUGCGACAAUCGCAGACUCCACCCAAAAUGUUCAGGCUCUACUCCCAGCUCCCGUGGGGGCGCCACCACAGUCAAUGUCGGGUCUUCAGACGGGCGAGGUGUCGCCCCCGAACCAAGUUACCCCACCAGCUGUACAGAUGCCGCCACCCGGGCCCAUGAUGCCAGGUCCAACGCCCAGCCAGCCUCCCUACGGCCCUCUGAUGUCUCAGCAGGGCUAUCAAGGGCAGCAACAGCAGCAGCAGCAGCAGCAGCCACGCAUGGGUCCUGGAGGGCCCGGCGCACCGGCGAGCGCCAUGGAAUGAACCAGCCCGUGGAAUGGACAGGAGACAGAUGCCACACCGAGCUACCGGGGAGCUACGAUGCCUCUGGGAUCGAGCAGUAUCCACCACAGUCGUCGGCCUACCCACAGCCGCCACAAGCAGCAGCCUCCGCAGCAGUCACAGCACCAGUACCCUAU